AGAUGAGAGAGAUCCUCAUGUCAGAGCCAGGGAAGCUCCUGCAGAAGGUGAAAGUGUGGUUACAGGAGUACUGGAACAUCACUGACCUCAUGGCUAUCCUCAUCUUCUCCAUUGGGAUGGUGCUUCGCCUGCAAGACCCGCCCCUGAUGAGCUACGGGAGGGUCAUUUACUGUGUCAAUAUCAUCUAUUGGUACAUACGACUGCUUGACAUCUUUGGAGUGAACAAAUACCUGGGUCCAUAUGUCAUGAUGAUCGGCAAGAUGAUGAUUGACAUGAAUGUAUUUUGUGAUCAUCAUGUUGGUGGUUCUGAUGAGUUUCGGAGUGGCGCGGCAGGCUAUCCUCAAUCCCAAUGA